AAGAUAUUUCAGAGUUUUAGUACUUCCAAACUCAUGAUGACCCCGGUGACCCCAACUCAGUUUCUAGCUCCGCCCUUCGUGCCUUGAUCUGUACACUAGAUGAGCUUUUUUUUUUGGCUUUCAUUUGUUUAGAAGGUCAGCAAUGAUUGGCCUCUGGUCCUGGUGUCCGGGUCUAGUACUUGUAUCGCAACUGGCCAAGCAGAUUGGAAGAGUCCUCAGUCUUCACAAAGGACUGUUAUCCAAGGCAGACUAUUUCUCUAUAACACCUCUCUACAUCCACAAUGUAGAUUGGAUAACAUCUCCAGCAAGAAAAAUAUAGUACCGUAAGUCGUCGCCAAGCAGCGCCUCCCUUUUGACGGCAAGAUAUAUAAUGAACAAGUCAACAAGUGCUUCUCCAUUCUCCAACCUCCAGCAAGGCAGUUCGCAACUAUAGAAGUAGGCAAGCAGCACGAUUGCCCAGAACAGUCCGUCUUCUUACCUCCUAGUUCACUAUCCACCGAUCAAAUGGACAACGGUGUCAACGGAUCCGUGAAGCAGGUCGUUGUUCUGUACCCCGUCGGCGGUGUCGGGCACGUCGGCCCCAUGACGCAGCUGGCCAAGGUCUUCCUCGACCAUGGCUACGACGUUACCAUGGUGCUCAUCGAGCAGCCGAUCAAGUCGACCGACUCCGGCGCCGGCUUCAUCGAGCGCGUCGCCGCCUCCAACCCGUCCAUCAACUUCCACGUCCUGCCGCCGAUUCCAACCCCUGAUCUGGCCACCUCCCCCAAGCACCCUUUCCUCCUCAUACUGGAGUUGAUGCGCCAGUACAACGGGGAACUCGAGAGCUUCCUCUGCUCAAUCCCGCGGGCGCGCUUGCACUCCCUUGUCAUCGACCUGUUCUGCACCCAUGCCAUCGACGUGGCCGCGCUGCUGGGCGUCCCCGUCUACAAGUUCUUCGCCUCGGGCGCCGGGACUCUGGCCAUCUUCACCCAGCUGCCGGCGCUGCUCGCCGACAGGCGAACGGGCCUGAAGGAACUCGGGGACACGCCCCUCGAGUUCCUUGGCGUCCCGCCCAUGCCGGCGUCCCAUCUCGUCAAGUCGCUGCUAGAGGAUCCAGAGGACGAGCUGUGCGGGGCCAUGAUGAAGAUCUUGAAGCGCAACGCGCGCACGCGGGGCGUUCUAGUCAACACGUUCGAGUCGCUGGAGAGCCGGGCCCUGCGGGCGCUCAGGGAUUCCCAAUGCGUUCCCGGCCAAGUUCUGCCUCCGGUUUACGCCAUCGGGCCGUUGAUUGGCAAGGCCGGGACGGACAAAGCGUGGCACGAGUGCCUUGCGUGGCUCGACGCGCAGCCAGAGCGCAGCGUCGUGUUCCUCUGCUGGGGGAGCAAGGGCGCGCUACCCAAGCAGCAGCUCGAGGAGAUCGCCGCCGGCCUCGAGAACUCAGGGCACCGGUUCCUUUGGGUCGUGCACACCACGCCGGCCGGCAGCGACGACCCCAAAAGAUACUGGGAGCGACGCGGCGAGGCGGACCUGGACGCGCUUCUGCCGGUGGGGUUCUCGGAGCGGACCAAGGACCGCGGCCUCGUCAUCAAGUCAUGGGCGCCGCAGGUCGAUGUGCUCAACCACCCGGCAACGGGCGCGUUCGUCACCCACUGCGGGUGGAACUCGACGCUGGAGGCCGUCGCGGCGGGGGUGCCGAUGCUGUGCUGGCCACUGGCCGCAGCGGAGCAGAAGAUGAACAAGGUCUUCGUGACCGACGACAUGGGGGUCGGGGUGGAGAUGGAGGGGUACAGGGAAGGUUUCAUCACGGCCGAGGAGAUAGAGGCGAAGGUAAGGCUGGUGUUGGAGUGCGAGGAGGGGAGGAAGCUUUGGGAACGAGCGAUUGAGCUGAAGAAAGAAGCAGGGGAGGCGCUGGAGGACGGUGGGUUGUCGCAGGCGGCAUUUCUCCAAUUCUUGUCUGAUGUUGAGAACCUUUGAACCUUGAGUAGCUUCGGGAGAGACGGAUUUGCAACCCUCCAACUUUUUUUUGUCAAUUUUCGUGUAAUCUACUGAAGUGUGCCAUUCCAAACCCUGAUGAUAAGUAAAAGAAA